AUGGCUGUCGCUUCCUCCUCUGAACGUUGCCGUUUAGGCACCGCUGAUGACUCAGCAGAAGGAGCGGUCUUGAGACCAGAGGAACCCGAAACAUGGGGUUCAACCGCCUUGACGGUUUGGGCUUUAGCGGCUUUGGAGUUUGUUUAUUUAGCAAAUGAUGUUGAAGAUUCGACAGAAUUUGAAUUUGAAACUGCUUUGUAUUAUGGCGACUCAACGGUUAAUCUUGGUGAACGUUUUUCAAUUACCUGUAUUAUACCCAUAACAGAUCCCAUAGAAUGGUUAAAAGAUGACGAACCCAUAACACUUCAUAAUUUACGACACGGUCGUGAUGAACAUUCAUAUGUCAUAAGCGAAAGUGCUAUUGAGGGUGAAAAGCACAAAAUCGAAGCACACUUAUCGGUACGUCAUGCACUAAAAGUCCACGAGGGCAAAUAUCAAUGCAAUAAUCUGCACAGCAGUUACCAUACAUUGCGUGUUCGCACACCACCGAUUGUGGCGCAAAAGCCCAUGACUAUAUCGCCAUUUCUUCUGCAUCCGAUUGGUGGCGGCAGCAACACGGACGAUUCAUCGCGACACUAUUCAACCGAAUCCGGUUAUGCAACCAUACAUGAUUUAACAUCCAGUCAAACGAACGACGAUGACCUCUUCACACGUACCUGGGAGCCAAUAGAUCCCGAAACUCCGCCACAAAUUCUAGCACUGCCAACAAAAAAACCAAUAACAAUGACAACAAUAACUGGACAACAUCAUGGUAGCCAUCAUCAUCACAAUCACGACCAUCCGCCACAUGUACAGCAAAUGGAGCACGACCUGAAGCACAAGUUAUUUUAUAUAAAUACAACAAAUUUUGAUGGAAAUCCACUGGCCAACGAUGCCAGACAUCAUAAUCGAACAAAAAUUGAUUUGGUGAAUUUGGACUUGAAUCCGCCACCAACACCACCACCAUAUUAUACAACCGAUGCGAGGAGAAUGCCAACAAUAUAUUACGCCGCUACACCACCCAGUUUUCCACCACCUCGCACCUCAUCGGCCAUGAUGGUGCCACAUCACACACCACCACCCCCACCACCGGUGGUGCAAUCUUAUCCACAUAAUGUGCAGACAGCACAAUAUCCCUUAACGCCAGGCUCUGCUAUGGGCGGCUAUCCCCAACAUAAAACACAUGAAAGUUAUCAUAUGGGCUCGGGAGCUGGAGUCCAGCAGACUCAAUAUCCCAUACAAACAAUGCAGCCUCCCUAUUACCCACAAUAUCCACCAACACAACAACAACAACAAUACCCACAAUACAAUACGAUGGUAUCGUUUCCAUCGCAUACAGGUCAGGCGGGCAGUGCACCUGUGCAAACCACCACCACCUUGUAUCAAAAUCCUUUCCAGCAGUACAAUCAAAUGCCGGCUCCGCCUCAAUAUAAUAUACCUAUUGGACCAUCAGCUGCUGGUGGCAGUAUCGUGGCAACAUCAGCACCAAUAUUUGCCUCAUCCUCCACACAGGGUCUACAACCAGCACCUGGUAUCGCCACGGGAGUGGGUUAUGGUGGUGGCAUGAUAUCAUCAACCAUAAAUACCGGUUCAACUCUUAGUAAUCUCGAAUUAUCUAAAGCAAAGGGUGAGCUUCAUAAUUUUAGCUUUUAUCGCUAAACAAAUACA